UAUUUGUGAAACAGAAUUAAAGAAAAAAAUUAAAAUGGCUCUUAGAACGUACGGCGACAAGCCGAUAAGUUUCCAAAUCGAAGAAGGAGGUGAAUUUUACUGCGUCGGAUCGGAGGUUGGCAACUACUUACGGUUAUUCCGUGGCUCACUUUACAAAAAGUACCCUGGCAUGGUGAGGAGGACCCUCACUAAUGAGGAACGAAAACGUCUCAUUGAUAAUGGCUUGGGACCUCAUGUGCUGUCAAGUUCUGUUUCACUGCUGAAGGCUACAGAAGUUGAGGAUAUUAUUGACGGAAAUGAUGAUAAAUACAAGGCAGUAUCAGUCAGCCAAGAGUUGGCAACUCCACGAGAAAGCAAGAGUAAAAAGCCACACAACCCAGCAUGGAUGCCUGUAAUGCCAAACUCUUCACACUUGGAUGCAGUGCCCCAGGCUACUACUAUUAGUCGGACUAGGGUGCAUAAUAAGAAGGUGCGAACAUUCCCCCUCUGUUUUGAUGACACGGACAUGACGGCGAUGUUGGAAAACUCAUCGCAAAAGCAAAUCUUGGUCCCAAUUCGGCUUGACAUGGAGAUCGAAGGACAGAAGCUCAGGGACACUUUCACUUGGAAUAAGAAUGAAUCAAUAAUAACUCCAGAACAAUUCGCCGAAGUCCUCUGCGAUGACCUGGAACUAAACACCAGCACGUUCAUACCUGCCAUAGCGUCGUCCAUUCGACAGCAAAUCGAGGCGUUCCCCAGUGAACCACCAGCGAUCUUGGAGGAACAGAGUGACCAGAGAGUGGUUAUAAAAUUGAAUAUUCACGUUGGGAAUACCUCUUUGGUUGAUCAGGUGGAAUGGGACAUGUCGGAGAAAGAGAACAAUCCUGAAGAGUUUGCAAUGAAGCUUUGCUCUGAACUGGGUUUGGGUGGCGAGUUCGUGACUGGCAUAGCUUAUAGCGUACGCGGACAGCUCGGAUGGCACCAGAGGACUUAUGUUUUCAGUGAAGCCCCAUUGCCCACUGUUGAGACGCCGUUCCGCAACCCGUCCGAAGCCGAGCAGUGGGCCCCGUACCUGGAGACGUUGACCGACGCCGAGAUGGAGAAGAAGAUCCGCGACCAGGACCGCAACACCAGGCGCAUGCGUCGCCUCGCCAACACCACGCCCGAUGUGUCAAUGAGUCGCGCAGUGAACCGGCUGAUUCGAGCGGACGAGGCUCUGUUCCAGACAACCCCGGAAAAGAGGAGGAAAAAAAUUUAAUCACCCAAUGCUGCAUCAACUUUGUCAACCCGCUACGGCCCCCCUGAUUACAUUGAAACAUAUUUAUAAUUAUAAUCAAUAUUCAACGCUGACGUCUAUAAGAGCGAUGCCACACGGGCGCUGCCGCAGUGCCAUACGAACAACGCGGUGUCGCAACGUAACUCCGCUUAGACGUUUAUUAUACUACUCAAUUUCUAGGGUCCUGCGUGAAGGGUAAUCGUGGUUUUUGUUAGGCCCUAACUCUGAACGCCAAGGUCGGGCACUCCCGCCGGGCACUUGUACGUGUUACUAUCAUAGCGCCAUCGAAAUUUCAAGUAAAACUUUAAAGCCCUCGGCCCGUACAUCCCUAUUAUUUGUUUUUUUUUUUUAAAUAAAAGAACUAGCUCUUGACCACUACCUAGCUCUGGAGCAAAGAUAGGAUCUACGAUGGAACGAGCUUGCCCAGAAGAUGCCUAUUCGAGUUGUAUGAAUUCGGAAAUAUAGACGUAUUAUUUAGUCUUUAUGAUCAUUUUCCAUAAAUAUGUAUAUUAUAUGUUUUUGUACGUCUGCCAGGCAAAACAAAACUUCUUUUCUGUAUUUCACAGCAUGGAGGUUUUAAUAUUCUAUAUCGACAGGCAGUUAAUAUCAAUCAAUUUAAAUACAACUGAUGCCGGAAACAUCCAUUUUGUUUUGGUUUAUUGGUUAAUGGCUACAAUAGCUUUAUAUCAGUAGCACAUUUGUUCUGAUUGUGUGGAUCGCGGAUAGACAUCUAUUAUCCGCAAUUAAAUCGCAAAUAACAGUGUUGCCGUGGUGUUGCCAGAGUCGUUGAGUCGAAAAGUACAUAUCGUUACAAACAUGCAGACACUGACAAAUAUGACCAUCUACACGUGGAGCCAAAUACGGCUCAAUUUAUAUACGAUAUUGUACAUAGCUUAAUGGACUAGGAUUUUAGGAUUAAUUGUACUAACUAGAUACGACAUCGUAAAGCUUAUUAAGCCUUGUACGGAUAACAGCGCAUCAGACUACACAUUUUUGUUCGAAAAUCGCCUCCAGUGCAACAGAACAAGAUACGUUAAUGUGUAGCUUGACGUGCUGUUGACUGUACAAUAUCGUUACAAAAAUUAGCUUCUAUUCCGUUCCGCCGCAAUAUAAAUUGAUCCUAAGGAGUUAACAUAAUGAAUAUGACUAUAGUGUGAACGGUUUACUUGCGUAUUUGCCUAUUCGGCACUUUUGAUGUGCGUCGAGCAUCGAGUAUGUAACCAGAAAUAGAGACGCAAUAAGGACCAAACAUUCCUGGUAACUCAUCCGUGACACAUCACUUGUAAAUAUCAAUUAGAAGAAAGCUUAAUUAGUAUAGCACCAACAACUGACCUGUGUGUACGCCUCCGUAUAUUCCAAAAAUAUUCUGUAUUAUUGUAAUAAAGAUAAUAUCUCUAACAAUGGUGUGCUGUUCCAUUCGGUGGUGAG